CUCAAGUGGCUCGAGAGCUCGGUGGGAUCCUAAUCCUAAUUCUAAUUUACAGAUCUUUGCAGCACUUCUUCGAUUCAACUCAAUAAUGGCGAUGUACUCGCCGCUUCUACUUCACAGUAGAACACGCCCCAUUUUUCAUGCGGAAAGCAUUUGGCGGCAGCUUACUCGUAGUCGCUCGAGUGCCUACCUAUUCUACUAGGUAUUGACAGCGGCUCUCUCUUAUGAUCAGGGAUUUUGGACCUGCAUGCAUGCAUGCAUACCUGUACUGCAUGCUUGCUUGCUUAGCUGCAGCUAGAUGCCAGCUCGUCGAGACUCGAGAGGGAGAGGAGCGCGCGAAUCCAAUCCACCUCGAGCUAGAAUGGUUUGAUUUUGAUAGCUCUCCACUUAUCUCUGUUUGUCUUCAAUCCUUCACCGACUUGCCCUCGCCAUCAAAUGCAGCCAAAGCCGAGCAGCUCCCAAGCAAGUCAAGAUACGCAGCCGUGCGCAGUCAGAAGUCUCGAGUCACCGUCAUCAUUCGUCGCGUCGAACAUCAGCCGUGUCACUCCCUCAAGCCAUUCAUUCAUGCACACGCGCUUCCAUGAGUUUGCAUGCAAUGAUGCAAGCGACUUCUGCUCCCUGGGACACGGGGUUCCUGCGAACCUGCUACGAACCUUCGAUGACGGCAAAAGGGAAGGAAGACCAAGGCGACAAGGGAAACUACUGUAGGUAGGGGCUGGCCAGGGCAGGGCAUGGCAGGGCAGGGCAGGGCAGGGCAG